AUCUGUCAAAGCACCAAAAGGAACAAUCUUGGCUCAUCCAUCCAAAGGUGUGGAAUCUGAUGUCAGACGCGUAAGGCUAACAGAGACAGAGACUGAGCUGGUCAUAGUCGCUGUGCUGGGCUGCAGGCAUGGCGCAGUACAAGGGCACCAUGCGGGAGGCCGGCCGGGCCAUGCACCUGAUCAAGAAGCGGGAGAAGCAGAAGGAGCAGAUGGAGGUACUGAAGCAGCGCAUCGCAGAGGAGACCAUUAUGAAAUCCAAGGUGGACAAGAAGUUCUCGGCACACUAUGAUGCCGUGGAGGCCGAGUUGAAGUCCAGCACGGUGGGCCUGGUGACCCUGAAUGACAUGAAGGCCAAGCAGGAGGCCCUGCUGAGGGAGCGAGAGAUGCAACUGGCCAAGCGGGAGCAGCUGGAGCAGCGCCGGCUACAGCUGGAGAUGCUGCGCGAGAAGGAGCGUCGGCGAGAGCGCAAGCGGAAGAUCUCCAACCUGUCCUUCACUCUAGAUGAGGAAGAUGACGGCGACCAAGAGGAUGGUCGCUGGGCGGAGGGCACCGAGGCCCACAGUGGUGGGGCCAAGAAGAACUUGGGCAAGAACCCCGAUGUGGAUACCAGCUUCCUGCCCGACCGUGAGCGUGAAGAGGAGGAGAACCGGCUGCGUGAGGAGCUGCGGCAGGAGUGGGAGGCUAAACGCGAGAAAGUGAAGGGCGAGGAGGUGGAGAUCACUUUCAGCUAUUGGGAUGGUUCCGGCCACCGGCGCACGGUGCGCAUGCGCAAGGGCAGCACCGUGCAGCAGUUCCUGAAGCGGGCAUUGCAGGGGCUGCGCAAGGACUUCCGGGAGCUGCGCGCAGUGGGCGUGGAGCAGCUCAUGUACGUCAAGGAGGACCUCAUUCUGCCACACUACCACACCUUCUACGAUUUCAUUGUGGCCAAGGCGCGGGGCAAGAGCGGGCCGCUCUUCAGCUUCGACGUGCACGACGAUGUGCGGCUGCUGAGCGAUGCCACGAUGGAGAAAGAUGAGUCGCACGCGGGCAAGGUGGUGCUGCGCAGCUGGUACGAGAAGAACAAACACAUCUUCCCCGCCAGCCGCUGGGAGCCCUACGACCCCGAGAAGAAGUGGGACAGGUACACCAUACGGUGAUGCUGAGUCUCGGUUGAUAGCCUUAAUCUCUUAUUACCCAAAUUCAAUAAAUACAGAGGGUCCCGGGAAUCGGAUGUGUUGAUUCUGUUGCCGGUGUUGUUUUUUGUAUUUUUAAUGUUUCUGUUGUACUCCGUAUGAUAAGGGACACGGUUUUUUGUUUUUGUUUUUGUUUUUGUUUGUUUUGUCUAAGUAUUGUGCUCAUUGACUUGGCAGGCCGACAGACUGGGUUUGAUUUUGCGCAAUGUCUUACUUACUGUGUAGCUGUGAGCAAGUCAUUGUGCUCAGUAACUCAGUUUUCCCUCCUGUACUAGGAAGUAACACUCCACAAGGCCAAAGCGAGGAGCAGGUUAGUAUUUGUAGACACUUGAAGCUCAGUAAAUACCUGAGGUAUUUAUGGGUCCGGUUGCUUUACUUUAAAGAAUUUCUGUGUUCCCGCUCUGAAAUGCCAAGACUAGGGUAGACCUGCACAUCACUGCUGUCAGGAUCAGUGCAGGGUGGGAAGAGCCUCACAAAGCCCAGCAAAUGGCCCCAUCUCUGGGCGUCCUUAACUGGAUGGUUUAGCCACGGGCUUGGGAGACCAGAAAGCUAGUAUACAGCUUAGAAGAUCAGUAUCACCGAUUUCCCUUAAUCCAAACACUCCAGUAGGACUCCACAUGAAACUACUAUGAAUUCCACCCUUUACAUUUUUAUAUUUUAUUCAUUGUUGAGUGUUGUGCUAACUUUCAUCUAAAAUAUGAUGCAUCACUCUUACAGAGUUUUUAGGUAACCCUCUUUAAUGUCAAAGACCAAGACAAGUGCUUGGGACAAACCUCUUUGUUUCUGGUACCGAAUUCUUGUGCCUGCCAAAAACAAGAAUUUUCCAACGUUGGUGGUCUUGGGCACGGCUUGACUUCAGGAUCACAUAUACACUUUCCUCAAUAGUCAGGCUGCACCCAGAGCUUUUUCUCAGGGCAGAAUAGAGGCAUCAGUUUGUUUUGAAGCCCUGGGGUCCUUGAUGAGCCACCAGGCUGGGAACAAAUGCUUGAGGGAAAUCUUCUCUCAACCCCUGACACCGACGCCCCCACCCUGUCUCACCCUGCAGGAAGCAAGCCUGAAGAAUUUAGGGCCUCUGAAGUGUUCCUGAUUCACUUCCACACACCUGUCCUCCCCAGAGUCUCAGGCCCCACCCUGGACCUGCUCAGCCAGUGUGUGAGUCCCAGCAGGAUCCCUGUGUGACUCAAGCUUCCUGAGACUGAAGGAAUCUGGCUGGUUCGGUCUCUCAGCUCAAGACCUAGAUUCAACAGCUGCUGGUGGUCUGUAGGCCUGAGUCCUGUUCUCCAGUCCUGCUUUCACGUAAAAAGUAGCGCCGAGCACAUUCUAACUCCUGCAUCCACUUUUUUGUUUAAUUAUGUGUUGACAAGUUACAUAUAUUUAUGGGAUUAAAGGUCAUAUUGUAAUUUUUGAAUUACAAUAAAAAUAGUGCAGGGUGAUAAAAUUAAGCUGUUUGACCUAGACAUCUCAGACAUUUUAACUUUUUGUAUUGAGGACAUGAAAAUGUUGUUUUUAGGCAUUGAAAUGUAUAGUAUCUAAAACAGGUAUAGUCAACAUGUUGUGCAUUUGUCUUUAAAGUUCAGACUUAGCCCCCCUUUCUGAGACUUGGACCCUCUGACUGUUUUCCCAUCAGCUGUCCUCCCAUUUUCCUGAAUAAAACUCUUUUAUAUUCCACAUGUGAGAACAUGUGGUAUUUUA